AUGAGUUCUCAGACAGGCUGGAGGCAGCUCGACAUAGCUGUUGUCGGAGGCGGCAUUGGUGGCCAAGCAGCUGCCACCUCUCUUCGCAGACAAGGACAUAAAGUUACCAUCUACGAGAAGGCUGACUUUGUGGGCGAGGUCGGUGCGUCCAUAUCCUGCGCAGCAAACGGCACCCGCUGGCUAGAGGAAUGGAAGGUAAAUAUCGAACUUGGCGACCCUGUAGUCUUGGAGAAGUUAAUAAGUCGUGACUGGACGACGGGGGAGCCUGUGAGCGUCUAUGAUCUUGCAGAUUACAAAGAACGCUGGGGUUAUGUCUACAAUAUGUUUCAUCGACAAUAUAUGCAUAAAAUGCUGCUGGACAGUGCCACCAGCGAGAAGGGAGAUGGCAUACCAGCAAAGCUGAUUGUCAAUCACAAGGCAGAAGAUGUCAAUACUGAGACCGGAGAGAUCACUUUCGCCAACGGUGUAAAAGCCAAGCAUGAUGUUGUGAUUGGUGCAGAUGGAAUCGGGUCCGCGCUUCGUACAGUUCUUGGAAUCGAGACCGUUCGACGACCUGCCACCUGUACAUGUCUACACACCAACGUUGACACUGAAACGGCAGUCAAGCUCGGCCUAGUAGACUACUCGAAAAACAGUGCUCUUGAGUACUGGGGUGGCUACAACACUCAUUUCAAGAUUGUACUUUCUCCGUGCAAUGGCGGGAAGUUGUUAUCGUAUUAUUGCUUUUUCCCGCGAGAAGAGGGCGACCUUCGAGGCCAAAGCUGGGAUCAGGAGGCGUCACUGGAUGAGCUUCUUUCGCCUUACCCCGACUUAGAUCGCCAGGUCUUUAAGCAUCUUGAAAUAGGGUAUGAGAUUCGGCCGUGGCGGUUGUGGCUUCACGAGCCAUAUCCACUGUGGACGCAUGGCACUGUUGCCCUUAUGGGAGAUGCAGCACAUCCGGUAAGGUCUUCUCAGCCAUUUUUUGUGUGGGAGAGGAGUUUCACUGAUGCGAUCCAGAUGAUGCCUGACCAGAGUCAGGGGGCCUGUCAGGCUAUCGAAGACGCUGCUGCCUUGGGUCUGGUCUUCAGCAAGGCCCACUUCUCCGGCGAUGUUCGAGAGUCAUUAGCGGUAUUCGAACAGGUCCGGAAGCCGAGGGCAACGAAAGUGCAAGCCGCAUCUGCGAAAGCGCGAGAAAAUAUCAAUGAAAGGAUUGGUGAGGAGCUACCAUAA